AUGGUGGAUCAGCUUUUCCACUUGAUUGUAUCUAGAUUCCCUCAAGAGUAUUGGUACCAGAUGUUUAAAACACCAGCUGAUUUGAGUGCUUUCUUAAAAUUGUUCUCAGACAGUUUUCAUGUACAAUCAAAUCUUGUUACAUUGAUUAGUAAACCAAAAAUACCUGUAAUGUAUCUCAAUGCAAAACCUAAAGCAAAGACUGAAUCACCAAAGCCUGUCGAUGAACCUACAGAACAACCAGCUUCACCAGUCCCUCCUAUUGUGCUAAGCCCCACACCUUCUGAUGGUAAGAAAAGUCCAGCAAACAGAAUACUCAGUCCUGUAGAAUCUCCCCGUGUCACUCAGGCGAAUAUUGCUAACCAGACAUUAAAGCAAAGAAUAAAUUCUAUAGUAAUUAAAAAUUUGGCAGAAAAUAUGGUUCGAGACAGGGUUAAUAAUCAUUUAAAUGCUCGUUGCUCUGAAGAAAUGAAUGGCACAACUGUCCGAAACAACUUUAUGGGGGAAGCAUGGAGGCAAAAGGUGCUACAAAGUACAACGGUCCUAGCGAGCGCAAGAGAAUGUGCAACUCUUAUAGACAGUAUAAUGAACCCUAAACGCACUGGUAAAUGUAUAGUUUCAUUUGAUUGUGAAGGAAUAAACUUGGGCCUUAAAGGUAUUUUAACACUAUGCCAAAUUGCUACAAUGAAUGGCGAAGUAUAUAUUUUAGAUAUCAUGGCUUGUCCCAAUAUGAUUAUUGAAGGCAAAAUAAAAGAUUUGUUGGAAAGUGAAAAUGUCACGAAAAUUAUCCAUGACUGCAGGAAUGAUUCUGUAAAUCUUCUUAAUCAGUUUGAUAUAACUUUGAAAAAUGUAUUUGAUACACAGGCGGCUCAUGCUGUACUGCAAUUGCAACAACAGAAUGUCCCUGUCUAUAAAGUAAAGAAUUUAAGUCUCAAUGCUCUUUGUGAGUUAUAUAAUGCACCUGUAAAUCCUAUGAAGGAGCAACUUAAAAAUGUUUACAGAAGGGACCAAAGGUACUGGGCUAGAAGACCGCUCACAAAGGAUAUGAUAAUAUAUGCUGCAUCUGAUGUAUUAUCACUGGUGAAUCCAGCAAUUUAUGGCCACAUGUCUAAUAGCAUCAAGCCAGAAAAUCAACAACUAUUUGAGGAGCUCAGCUUUGAACAAGUUUUUAUGCACAUCCAAACAACUGAGGUUAAACUAAGGAAAAGACAAAGAAAAAUCAACACAGAAGUUUGUGAGCUAAAGCAAAAGUUGGCUGAGACAACAAAGAAUGUGGUUUUGAGUAAUCGAGAAAUAAGGCUCUUGAGAUAUUUAGAACUAACAGAGGAAGAAAAGGAAAAGCUAAAAGGCUGUCACAAGAUAUCAAAAAAAUUAGAGAAGUUAGAAGCUAUUGGACAAGAUAAGGACAGUGACAGUGAUGAUGAUGAGAAAGAAAAUGAAAUGCAAAGCUUAGAAUCCAACCCAUCUGAUUCCAUUUCUUCCCCUCACUCUACUCAGCCUCCUAGCCUUACAGAAUCUAUGCAAAUGAUGGAUGAAAUUCUAUCAGAUGUAAAUAUGGAUAAAGUAGAAAAGAUAAACCGCCUAGAAGCAAUUUUAUCAGCUGUUGCACCAUUAAGUGGUGAAUUAGAAGAUAAGUUCUCUCAAACCAUGGAACAGACUUUACCUCUGCUCAAGAACAAGGAUUGGUCCAACCUUAGCCAAAUUUUAAACAUAAGCAACGAUGGAAAAAACUGUACUUGUAACUGUCAUAAUUCAAGCAAUAAUCAGUGCAAUAACGUCGAGGAGGUGAAGAAGGCAGAAGUUGGAUCACAAACUCUUAGCACAGGAGACAUCGUGAUAACGAGAAUUCAUUUCAGAGAAGAAGAUAAAUUGAACGAAAGAAUUAUUGAUGCCACACCGUUUAGCAAGAGAGCAGGUAUAAACAUGUCUUGA